CUUAGGUACUUUAAUGUGAAUAACAAAUGGCGAUCAAAAGUAUCUGUUGCUUGGGAGCUGGUUAUGUUGGUGGACCAACUUGCAGUGUAAUUGCAUUAAAAUGUCCCGAGAUUAAAGUCACUGUGGUAGAUUUGAGCAAGGAACGUAUAGCCCAAUGGAAUUCUGAUAAACUUCCUAUUUAUGAGCCUGGUUUGGAUGAAGUCGUCAAGUUGUGUAGAGGGAAAAACUUAUUUUUUUCGAAUGAUGUGAGCACUGCGAUUUUAGAAGCCGAUUUAAUAUUUAUUUCCGUAAAUACACCAACUAAGGCCAUUGGGAAUGGAAAGGGUAGGGCCGCAGAUUUAAAAUAUGUCGAAGGAGCAGCCAGAAUGAUCGCAGAUAUUGCAAAAAAUGAUAAAAUAGUCGUUGAAAAGAGCACCGUCCCUGUUAGGGCAGCGGAAAGUAUAGCAAAAAUUUUGAUUGCUAAUCAAAAACCUGGGGUCUCCUAUCAGAUUCUGUCAAAUCCAGAAUUUUUAGCAGAAGGAACUGCAAUAAAUGACCUACUGAACGCAGAUAGAGUUUUAAUUGGUGGUGAAGAGUCUGCUGGGGGCAAAGAGGCGAUAGAAAAACUGUGCAGUAUUUACGAACAUUGGAUACCCAGAAAAAAGAUUUUGACCACAAAUACUUGGUCAUCCGAAUUGUCAAAAUUGGCAGCAAAUGCUUUGUUAGCUCAAAGAAUAUCCAGUAUAAAUUCCUUGUCUGCAAUAUGUGAAGCCACUGGUGCGGAUGUAUCUGAGGUAGCUAGAGCUGUUGGUUUUGAUUCCAGAAUUGGAUCGAAGUUUUUACAAGCAUCAAUAGGUUUCGGUGGGAGCUGUUUCCAAAAGGACAUCCUGAAUUUGGUAUAUAUAUGCGAGUGUCUCAAUUUGCCGGAAGUAGCGGCGUACUGGCAACAAGUAAUCGACAUGAACGAAUAUCAAAAGUCUCGUUUUACGGCAAAAAUCAUCGAGUCGUUGUUUAAUACUGUCAGCGGAAAGAAGAUAUGUAUAUUGGGAUUUGCCUUCAAAAGUAAUACCGGAGAUACAAGGGAGAGUCCGGCAAUAUACGUGGCGAAAACUUUACUUGAUGAAGGGGCCUCUCUAAAAAUCUAUGAUCCCAAGGUUGAAGAAAUCAGAAUAUUCGAGGACUUGACUCAUCCAACAAUUUGCGAAUCACCGGAAGAUGUUCGGAAAAACGUCUUGGUCUGUAAGGAUGCUUAUACUGCAUCAGAAGGAUGCCAUGCAGUUGUUGUUUGUACCGAAUGGGCUGAAUUCACGACGUUGGAUUACAAUAAAAUUUAUGAACGUAUGAUGAAACCAGCAUAUAUUUUUGACGGUAGGAAGAUGUUGGAUCACGAAGCUCUUAUAAAUAUUGGAUACCACGUCCAAACUAUAGGCAAACAGCUUGGAAAGCCUCUAGUUACGAGAAGUUGGAGCACAAAUUCGAUCGCAUAAGAUUUCUCCCUAAAUAAAUUUUGAUAAAAGAUUACAUACUACCAAAGAAAUCUUUUUAACUGUAAAACUUUGUUGUUUGUACAAUUUUUGCUGAUUUAGACAGGUCUGGACUCGGUAGAAUUUGUUAAAAGGUCACACAAAUUCAAGAAAAUAUUAAACGUGUUUACACUUAUAAAAUAAUUCUGAAUACAUAAAAAGGGCAUGUAAUUUGUUGUAUGUACUUAAGUUUUGAGAUGCAGACGGCUGCAUAUUUUAUGGAACAAUUAUACUAAAAUACAAAUAUGUAUUAAUCUAAGAGAUAUCCAAAACAAAUAUUGUAAAAGUGAACAUUAUUUUGUAUAAAAUAACAUAUUCCACUAUUUUUAUUUUCUAUGUUUAGUUUUCAAGACAUCACAUGCAUUUAAUAGAUUUUUAAGGAGCAAUAAACUUAAACUAGUAAGUAAGUAUAAGAAAUAUAAAAGAUACUUAACCAUGGAUUGAAAAAUCAAUUCUGUUAAAUAAAUAUCAAAAUAUCAGUUAACUGAUAAAAAAGAAACAUUUUAUGAACAAAAAUUUCAUUUGCCAUGAUUUUAAGAAUGUGAUAAAAAAUUGCAUUGUACAUAAAACAUAAAGACACUAAUAAAUAUUUUAUUAUAUUCAA